UUCGGAAUAUUUCAUCUCAUGUUGCCUGUAACUGUUCAUUGUAACCCCCUGAAGUUACCGGGGCCUAUCUCCCGGCUGUAAAACUUGUUGUUGUCAGUAAAGUGAACUCGCUGGGGCGGCUGGGCGGCCGUAGCAGACCUCGUGCAGACUCCUCCCAUGAGUUGUCCUGGGAAACACUAACAACUGUAGAAGUCAGUCCUGCUCAACCCGAGAAGCACCGCCGACAUCCGCCUCACCUCACUGUACAAACCUCUCACAGAAGGACACCUCGGCCCAGCUACAGACACUGCAACUUCACCCAUUAGCAGGAUUAUUAUGCGUUCAGACGCUGCUGCUGCUUCCUCACUCUGAGCUUCCACUGCAGGAGGUGUCUCCAUGUCCUUGACGGCAGCUCUCUGUGUACAGCCAAAUUCAAAAAGCUUCAUGAAAAAGCAGCCGCAGUGUCCAGGGACAUGAAACUCAAUCCUCAGCAAGCUCCAUUGUAUGGCCAUUGUGUUAUCACAGUGCAGCUCGCUGAUGAAGAGCUGGCUGCAGAUGAGCAGAGCGUCGACUACUUCCUUCUGUUUGCUGGCAGUACACAGAGGCACCUGACCAGCACCCUAAGGAGCAGUCAUGGCACCCUGCAGGCGCUGUGUCCCCCUCACGACUGCUGUGAGGUGGUGUUGGUCACCUUGUGUUCACUCACGCGAGGCAUCCCUGAGGCCUCAGAGGACCCAAAGUCCUGCCUGGGUCGUGUGGCACCAUUGGCUGAGCAUCGAUUCAGCUUUGUUCAGGAUUUGGCUUUUGACAUGGCCCAGUUUCUGGUGAGCACAGCGGGCCGGGUCGAUGGCCUCGACGGGGCACUGCUGCUGGAUGAGUGUCAGAUUCCCCUGCAGGAGUGUGAACGUCUGGACGAGAGCCUGGCGCUGGCCCUUCACCACCUCGUUCUGCCUUCAGGAUGGAGCUUACUGGGAAACAAACUAACCAACAGCACUGACCUGAAUCCCCAGGAGACUCUGCUACAUUUUUCAGCACGUCGAGGUCUCUUUCGUGUUACGCACUUCUUGUUGCAGCAGCCUGGAGCCAGAGAAGCCCUGCGAUUGUCCAACAGACAAGGCUACACUCCGUCUGCUAUCGCGGCAUUACGAGGACACGAAUGCCUCCAUGAGCUCCUUACAAAGGCUGAGGCGGAUGCUGAGACGGACAAAGGGACUGAGACUGUUCAGCUGGUCUCUACGGUCGCUCGGGUGUUUUGCCAUCUUCCCAGACUGAACACACACACUCUGACGCUGAACAUCCACCCUGGGCAUGAUGCUCCGACCCUUCAGAAGAGUGUGGAGCAGCUGUUGCACUUGAUACGCCAUCUCCAUGCCAAGGGACUUUCUGUACUGAAGCUGCAGUUUGAUUCUCUGCACACUGCUGCUGAAUGUUUUGAUGCUGUAGAAACGGAGCUAACCUGUCUGGAGCGACUCCAGCAGCCUGCUACAGCAUCACAGUACUUGGACAGAACAACUGAAGGGAGCAGGGCAGAAAACUGCCCACUGGAAAACAGCAGCACUGUUGAAUGUGGGCCUGCUGAGAAUGGGAAUGCAGAGAAAGACAGAGGUUUGCCUGUGAGUACUCCAACAUCAGAAAUACGCCCCCAGGAGCAUGGCCUCGGACCCCCAGAGGACUGGGUGUGUCUUAGUUCAAACACUGAGGGAGAGCACUGCCAAGCAGAGGAGGAGGGAGAACGGACUGUUGUUUCCACCCAGAGUUUGAGUUUGUGUGGCAGGAGUGACAGAGCACCAAGUGAGGCUGAAGGGGAAAGCGUCACUGUGGGAAUCCUGCCACCAUCAGGUUGUGGUAAACAGGCAGAGGAAACUGAUAGAGGAGAGGCUGUGAUCCGGGAAGGACAGGAGGCCAAGAAGGGAGAGGACAGAUCCGAGCAGGAAGCAGAGGACAGCACUGCCAGGAGCAGGGAGGAGGAAACCAACUCAGAGUCAACAGACCUCAAAACGACCAGUGACGAUACGAAAGCUUCAGUCAUGGGUCAGUCGCCAUCUUCAGAUUGCUCCCAGGUUUCAGAUACGUCUGAUUCUGAAAUGAAGGAAUGCUGCCAGGAAGGAGGGAAUGUCGAGAAGGAAGUAAUAAAAUUUCGCCAAGAGCUCUGUGACGAACUCUUUCUAGAUGAAGACAAAAUACAGUCUGAAGGGUUAACAGACCCUCUGUCAACUCCAAAGGACCUCCCCAACCCAUCGCUGAUAGACUGUGGUGAUGUAAUCAAGGAACCUAAAUCUGCUGUUCCGUGUCUCUUGAUAGAAGGCCUCCGUGAGGGGGAACCUCCACCAGAUAUAAACAGCCUAGAACAAAACCAGGAAACAGCUGGUAGGGAUUACGCUACAGAGCAGCAGUGGGGCUUGGCUCCAGAAACUGGUUGUCAUUCUGGGAAUUGUACUGAAACAGUGAGUAGUAAAGAGCUGGAUGGAGAAGAUGUAGCUGAGCCUUCUGGAUACAGUAUUGAGAAUUUGCCUGUGGAUGAACCUGAAAAUAUACCUGAUUUUCGGACAGCUGGUAUCUCUGUAGUAGAAACACAGACAGAAUCAUUUAACUGCGAGCUAUCAUCUGAAAAGAUGCCGACUGAAAGACGCACAGAUAAUGAUUCAGGCAUGGCCCAUGGUCUCUCCAGUGAUGAUGAUGGAAGUUUCAGAUCAGUUGGAAGCUCUACAUCAGAAAUAUUUCAUCCCACUCAGGACGGUGGCACAACGGAUGAUCAGGACUCGCUUCAAACCAAGGUAGCAGAACUGUCACUGGAACUCAAUAUUGAAGAGACAAAUGAUCUACAACCCAACGAAAGCAAAGAAAGACAUUCUCUAACUAUGGAUGCAGGGCUCCCCUUGGAGCCUGGCAGUGUUGGUGCACUAACAGUGACGGAAUGCAACCAGGAUGGCACUGAUCCCGAAUCACAGCUGUCACCCAACAUCCAGACAAUGGAGGCUUUGAAUCCCAAGGGGGCAGAGAAACUGUCCUCGGAACUUUCCAAAGAGGAUGUGUCAUUAAAUCCAGUGUUGUUGGAGAGUGAGGACGCAACAGCAGUGGAGGUUGAUGAAAGUGAAGCUGGAGAGAUCAACAGCUCUGACCUGAAUGUAAGAACUGAACAUUCUGCUUCAGAGUUGGGCAGUGAUGUCUUAUUUGAAUCUGGCGUAUUUGCCACAGAAGAGAGUAAAGCCACUGGCCCAGUUGAAGAAGAUGCUCAGCUGAAAGACACCAGUGAUAAAUCUGUGGUAUUGGAAGCAGAGGACAGUGCAAUUUGUGUGCAGUUUUUGCUACAGGAUAAUUCAGAGAUAACAGCAGAAGAGAUGUCACCUGAGAAUCAGAUCACUGUAGAUGGAAGUCUUUUGGAAGUAGAACCACCUUGUUCCAAUAGUGAAGGAUCCAAAGAACCUCAAAUUGAAAACCAGAUGACUGAAAAUCCAAAGACUCAUGAUGCAGUGGAUGGAGGCUUGGAGAGCUGCAACAGUGCAAUCCAAGAGGUGGAUGUCAUCCAGUCUGAAGACACUGUAAAUGAAGAAAGAGAGGAAGAAAAUGGCCAAGCAGAGGGAACAGGCAUCACCACGAUCCACCGAGACAGAGAGGCAUCUUUCCAUCAGCCCUGCAAUACUCAACACUCAGGAUCUCCACAGUCUUCAGCAUCUCCCAUUUUGCCCAGUAGAACCAGCAGCUGUCCCUCCUCAGCUCACAGAGACUCUGGCAGUGACAUAGAAAGCUUCCUGAAUGCAGAGCCGGGCUAUGACAGCAUCUUCAGAAAGAAUGAUGAACCACUGACAGGAGGCGACAGUGCCAGCGAGGUUUCUGUAUCCUGCUCUUCCACAGACGACACUGCCAGCGUGGGCCCGUCCAGUUCUAGUCCUGAAGACAGCCAGGGCCUCGGCUGCAGCUGGAGCCCAGAGGAAAGCAUCCAGACUGGAGCUACUAUCACUGCAGGACUGGAUGGUGGAGGUGGAGGAGGAGGAGAAGCUGAAGAAGAGGCCAAAGACAGAGUGACGGAGGUGCCUCGGCGUUCGUCUCUCUUCCGAAACAGCAUCCGCUCCCUGUCGCCUCUUCGCCGCCACAGCUGGGGUCCUGGAAAGAACAACGGAGGAGACGCAGAGAUGAACCAGAGGAGUUCCAUUCGUAGCCCUGGUGAGGGGAAGCCGGCCUUUCACAGGAGAAGCAUCAGCUGGUGCCCUCCUUCUGCUCCCCACAGCCACGGUGUGGAGGUUGUUAGUUCCCUCAGCUACAGCCUAGAGGGGCUCAGUGGGGGCCAAGAAGAGCUGAGGGCCCCCACAACCCAGGGGCCUCGUAUCGUGGAGCCUUUAAGGAUGCCCCGGCAUGACAGUGAUGACAGGGGCUCCCUGGUUUCUCUGACAGAGGAACAGGAGGAAAGAGGGGAGCAGGGCAGACUAUAUGACCCGAAAUCAAGGCCAUAUCGGCCUCUUCGAAACAGCUGUCCUCCCAUGAGCCUGCCCCUAACCAAGUCUGUAUCCAUGCUAGCUAUCAGCCAGAGAGACAUCGAUGCGAUAGGACGCCUGAGACGUAAGAGGCGAAUUUCCUUCUCUUUCAACCUUUCCCCCAUCCUCACCAAAUCUAAGUCUCAGUUCAUUUAUGGGGACUCCUCAUCUAGUGAUGAUGAGGAUAACUUGAGUAUGAGGUCGUUUUCUAGCACCUCUGGGUCACUAGCAUACAGUAUUUCAGAGGAGGAGCCUGGGCCUCUGCGAAGCGACACUGAAGGAAAAAGCGUGACAAAAGUCAGCCGGACCUUCAGCUACCUCAAGAACAAGAUGUACAAAAAGACCAGGGAAAAGGAACGAGAGAAAAAGGAGAAAGACAAGGAAGGCAAGGAGAAGGACAAGAAGACUGUGAACGGUCAUCUUUUUGCACCAGUCAGCUCAAAUCAGGCUGCCCAGUGCUCCCAGUGCAAUAAGGCUUUUAACAACAAGGAAGCUUUCUAUUGCACAUACUGCAAUGCUUCCGUCCACAAGGGCUGCAGGGACAGUCUGCCUGUUUGUGCCAAGGUGAAGAUGAAGUUGCCCAAACAGCAGUUUGCAGUGCCAGAUUCAAGCUCUUUCCCUACAGUCACAAUGAGGAACAAAUCUGGUGGGACGAGGGAACGUCCCUGGUCGGCCAUCUUGUCACCUGAAGACCCUUCAUCCCUGAUAAUGUCAUCAUCACGGAGACAUACCAGCAUUAUGACUUUCCAUGGAAACAACCUCUCAAAGAGUCUCUCAAUAAGCAACAUCGCUGGCCCGGUGUUUGAUGAGAUGCCCAUUAAAGGCCUGCGGUAUCUCUCUCAGUCCACCGACUCCCUCAACAGAACCAACCAAGUUACAGAAUCCAUGGAAUCGCUCACUGAUGAAGGAACAGAGAUGAUGGACGGGCAGCUGAUGGGAGAGUUUGAGGCAGAUGCCAAAGAGCUGGAGGCCGACUCGUGGAGUUUAGGUGUGGAGCAGCAGUACCUGCAGCAGCUGGACAAAGAGCUGGUAAAGAGGCAAGAUGUCAUCUAUGAGCUGAUGCAGACAGAGAUGCAUCACAUCCGGACGCUGCGUAUCAUGUCAGAAGUGUACAGCAAAGGCCUGCAGAAGGAGGUGCAAAUGGAGCCGCAGACAGUGGAGAAGCUGUUCCCUGCUCUGGAUGAACUCCUGGAUCUCCACACGCAGCACCUCCUGCGCCUCCUGGAGAGAAAGAGGGAGAGCCAGCUUGAGGCGGGGACCUUGGACGGAGGAUUCAUCAUCAGCAGGAUUGGAGACAUCCUGGUCAGCCAGUUCUCAGGAUCCAAUGGUGAAAGUAUGAAGAGGGUUUAUGGAAGAUUCUGCAGCCGCCACAACGAAGCUGUCAACUUCUAUAAGGACCUCCUGACCAAAGACAAACGCUUCAAAGCCUUUAUCAAAAAAAAGAUGAGUAGCAGCAUUGUGCGGAGGCUUGGUAUCCCAGAAUGCAUCCUGCUUGUGACCCAGAGGAUAACAAAGUACCCUGUGCUCAUUCAAAGAAUGCUGCAGCACACGAAAGAGAACCAGGAAGACUACGAUGACCUGACAGAGGCGGUUCGGCUCGUGAAGGAGGUGAUCGCAGCGGUUGAUAGCAAGGUGAACGAGCAUGAAAAAAGACGGCGUCUGAAGGAAUUCCACAGCCGAAUGGACAGCAAAUCCAUCAUGAUGAUGAAGAGCGGUCAAAUUUUCGCCAGGGAGGACCUGCUGAGGAGGAGGCUGAUCCAUGAUGGAGCACUGCAGCUGAAGAACAUGCAGGGUAGACUAAAGGAGGUCCAUGCUCUGCUCCUAUCAGAUGUCUUUGUCUUCCUCCAAGAAAAAGACCAGAAAUAUGUGUUUGCCAUGCUGGACCAGCGCUCCACGGUCAUCUCCCUCCAGAAGCUGAUUGUCAGGGAGGUCGCGAACGAAGAGCGCGGCCUCUUCCUCAUCACAGCAGGCAUAGAGAAGCCGGAGAUGAUGGAGGUUCUUGCCAACUCGAAGGACGAACGCAACACCUGGAUGCAGCUAAUACAGGAAGCCAUGCAGUCCAUAGAGAAGGAUGAGGAUGAAGGGAUUCCCAGUGAGACAGAAGAUGACAAGAGACAACUAGAGACUAAAGCCAAAGAGAUGAGAGAUCUGUUGCGGCAGAAGGAUACAGAGAUCAUGUCUCUGCUGGAGGAGAAGGUGCGGCUCUUCAGAGGGAUGUGGGAGGGCCUGAACGCAGGUGAGGCGGCCUGCCGGCAGGUCGAGCCUUUCUUUCGGUCCGCCUGCAGCCUGGAACCACCCAGGGGGGCGUCCAUCAUGAAAGAUGCCCUGCAGGAAGUGGAGACGUUACAGGCACUAGUGAACGGCAGCCUGGGAGGGGCGAUGGCCAGCGUCCAGGAGGGAGCAGGCGCAGGGCCGGUGUGUUUGCCCCGUCGCGCUGAAACCUUUGGGGGCUUCGACAGUCACCAGAUGCACAGCAGUAAGAGUGGAGACAGAGACGAGAGUGAGGAUAUGGCAGGAGAUCUGCGCAGGACGGAGUCCGACAGUGUUUUAAAGAAGGGAGGAAACGCCAACCUGCUGCUGCUGCUGAAGAGGAACAGUGAGCAGGUCCUCCACAGUGUCUCCAACCUGCAUCUCCUGCUCAGCACUCUGCAGGCGGUGGUAGUCCAACAGGACAGUUUCAUAGAGGACCAGCGGCAGGCCCUGAGCGAGCGCUCCUCCUCUUGUACGUCUUUAUCACGGCCGUCCUCACGGCCCAGCUCGCUGAUUGAGCAAGAGAAGCAGCGCAGCCUGGAGAAGCACCGGCAGGAGUUGGCAUCCCUGCAGAGGCAACAGGCAGCUCAUGCUGAGGAGAAGAGGAGAAGGGAGAAGGACUGGGAAAUCAGGGAACAGCAUCUCACUGAAAGAGAGGCUCUGGUGCAUGUACAGGAGGAGGAGAUACUGAAGCAGCACAGAGAGCUGGAGGAGGAGAAGCAGGAGCUGCAGAACAAGAAGGAGGAGUACCAGAAAGACCUGGAGAGGCUGAGAGACGCCCAGAGGAAGCUGGAGAGGGACAGGGAGGCUGUGCAGCGACAGCUUGACAAAAUGGAGGAGGUCCGGGUGUCUGAGAGGACUCCCUCCUCAACGUCUGAUGAGUUCCCCGGCAGCUCCCACUCUCUGGAGCUGGACCCGCUGGAGCUCUCCUCCUCCUUGCCCAGGCAGCAGCCCCAGCGGACCAAGGCCAAAGGGAAAGGCCUCAAUCCCUUCACCUCAUCCUCCACUAACCUCAAGGGCAGCGAAGCCAACAACCAGAUCUCAAAGAGCCUCCUACAGCUGGCCAAGAACAAGAGCAAAGACGGGAAGGAGAAGAAGAAGAAGAAGGGCAAAGGGGGGAGCGCACAGUCAGCAGACCCCCAGCACCUUCCAGAGCCUUCUCUGGACGGAGAGAUCUUCUUCUGCUGAGAGAAGUGGCUGCCCUCCUCAUCCUCCUCCUCUUCAUCAUCAUCCUGAACACGUCCUGCCAUUCUUACACCCAGAGGAAUGUGUUACUGCCAAAUACAUUCCUGUACGUACUGUACAGUAUGUAAUACUGCAGUUUACUGCCAGGCCCUUGCCACCUUGAAAAGGCUUUUAGUGAAUUUUCCAUAUCAUAGUGUAGACCAAUUUAACAGUACACACAAGAAAAAGUGGAAAAAUGUAUUUUCUUGUAUUUGAAGUCCACAGCUUUUAGUUGUUGGAAAAUAGAAUGUUUUAGGGAUUCUGUCAUGGUGUGCAUUUAGGCAUUCAUCCAUACACUUGCAGUACAUAAAAAUAGGGGGUGUGGAUUAGCUGUGCACUUUGGGGUAUUCUCUGUCCAAAAAGCCUCUUUCCUUUUCCAGAGAAAUGGUCAGAAUUUCUUCAUUUUGAAGAAUCACACAUUUUUGACAGCUCAGUAUCGCACUGAAAGCAUUUCACAGUGAAUUGCCUCUCAAGCUCGACUGAGGCUUCACUGCCUCUCUGUCUGCAUGUCUGUUAGGGUCGACUUUCUUCAGUAGUCCAUCCUGGCAUCAAGUCCCACACCAGCAGGCUGUUAUGUUAAUUUACAGAAUCAGGGCCUUUUCCAUGUGACUUCAACCGCACAUACAAGCCGUGUCCAAAUGCCACUCAGAAACAGACAUGAAAGUCAGCGGGCUCCAUGUGGCACUGCAAACUCCCCACUCUUAAUCAUAUUCAUUGACAGUUAAUUGAAAACUGAAGGAAAUAUGUGUCCUAGCAACAUUUCUUAAUCCAAAAAGCCCAGUGCUUUUUGUGUUGGUUCCAGUGUUUCACUCUGAGACGCUUCCACAAUGAAAGGAAAUCGCAGGCUGACAUUUCUGUACUCUGAUAUGACUGCAUCCACUAAUUUUUUCUCCAGUUUGUCAGCAUAAUGGAACUGGCACAUGAUAACUAAAGUAAUCCUUGACGAUGACUUCAAGCCAUCAAUCACAUUGCUUGAUGAGGUUUAAAUUUAUUUGAAUUAUGGAUAUCUCCAUUUUGGAGUGAAACUCUUCAGAUGAGCGUUUGUAUUUUUUUAGGCUCAACUGUAAUGAACGGAUUGAGACAUAUCUUCCUGUGUCUAAUGGCUCAAUUCAUAUCCUUUAGUGUGUUUUAGAGCCUUGGAUGGAUAUUAGCUUGAUCCUCGCUUUAUCUGCCUGUCAAUGGGCUUUUAUGCAGCCCUCAUCUUUCAUCUGAAAGCAGACAAGCGGGGCUGAACUUCGUUUUUUAAUUGCAACUCUGCAGGUAGCAUACUAAUGGCUUCUGUCUGUUAAAGAGUUCAAUUUUCUAUAUCUCCGUCUUUCAGUUCUGAUAAUGGACUCAGUAGAAGCACAUGGCUGAUGGUUUUAGGAAAUGGAGGCUGUUAAUUUAGGCACAAAACAGCUGGUUAGGAAAAAUGACAAAGGACAUGAACUAAAACAUGUUAUGUGUCCCUUUUUAAUGACUAGACCCGAGUGUUCUGAUCAUUUCACAUUAAUCAACACUCAUCAGUGUUGUGAAGCACUUUGGUCCUAAAAUGUUCAUUAUUUUUGUCAGUGUAAGAUAUCAAUCAAGGAGAUCUUUGUAUUCUGUGGAAUUUUUUAAUCAAGGGCAACAAUGAUGACCCAAAGAGAGAUAAUGUGUUGGAAGUAGAUAAAAGAUGCUGCGGUUGAACGUUAAUGAAGGGGCUGGUAGCUUUUAUACAGUGUUCCUAAGGUGAUCUGUUGUAAUGUUUAAGCCUGUGUUUUAAACCCACUAAGGCCACACUGUGGGCCUCAUAACUACCUGCUGGACAGGUAGGAAGGAGAAACAGAAGAAGUUAAAGAUGGAUCCUUAACCCGUGAAGAGCAGCGACACUGAACUGCUUCCUUGCUGCCUCUUUUGUCUCGUGUUGAAGUGCUUGUUUGUUAACUCGCCGUCUGUGUUGAGGAUUUGACUUCAUGUCCAGGCUGGUUUAUUAUAGUGUGUCUUGUAAGAGGCUUACGGGGCCUGCCAAUUAGUUGCUUCAUGUCUUUUGUUUAUGGCUUUGGUGUAAUCCUGUCAAAGAAACAGAGGGGAAUGGGAUUUUUUUCUCUGUCGCUUUAGGUGUGUUUUGACCACUAGGGAGCACUGCACCUAUAACUAAAUAAAUUCACUCCCUUACACAAGAACAACCACAAAGUAUGAAACUAUUCCUUUCUCUCUUUUUUUUUUCCUAUGUUCUCCCUGCUGUGAGAAAUUGACAUAUUUUUCUCAGCAGGUCAUUGUCGUACAGAGAUAAUGUGAUGAGCGUGGGCUCUCACACUCGGUGACAUUUUCCCCACGGCAUUUGUAAUUGACUGCAGAAACAAAUAAGUUGUCAGAGAUUGUAAUUGGUUGUUCAGUGGAACCAGUCAGCAGCAGCUUUAAUGUGGGGGGAAUAAAAGGUUAGAGGAAGCGACCAGCAGAACCACAAACCUGUCUCUGUAAGGGACAAUCAGCAGACGCAAGUUGGGAAAAUGAUGAUGAUAAGCCUGUCUGUAAGAGACAAGUGUGUCCAUCAGGUGAACCCUGCGUAGCCUUAAAUCUUAAUGAUAAAAUGCACUAGAGUAGAACCCAGCGUCUUCUCAGGAGAGAGAGGAGAGCUUCUAUACCUCUGCUUUGAAACGAAGGAAAUGUUUGUACUAUACAGAUGGUACACAGAUGUUUCAUUCUCAGCAAUGUAAAAAAGGGCAAAUGUGUAAAUAUGAUUUAUGUAUAAAACAAAUCAAAUGUAAAAAAUUAAUUGUUUGAUUUGUGAUUUAUUGCAGCAUUUUGUAAGAAUGUUUUAUUUAUGUUUUAUUCUCACCACCGGGGUGAUGAACAAUGUAAAGGCAUAUUUCUCUCAUAAUAAAAAAGAAAUCUUAAUACACA